ACACACACUACAUCACCCUGCAGGUAUAUUCUCGCACAAACUACUACUCCACCUGCUCAUUUCUCUUUUCAGCAUCGAAUUAUAAUCCAUUAAUUAUGGGGAAGAGCACAGUGCUCGCGGCCGAUGAUGAAAACCUCCUCCGGCAAAAGAACCGCACUAAGUACGUCGUGUUCGCCACCGCGUUCGCCCUGUUCCAAGUUGCGCAAAUCCUGGUUCUUUCCCUUGUCAUAAUGAAGGUCAAGACUCCCAAUGUCCGGCUCCGGUCAGCCGCGUUCCUUAACCUCGACGUAUCAAAUUCCUCAUUCAAAGGGACACUCAAAGCGGAAUUCGGCAUAAAGAACCCUAACUUCGGCCCUUUCAAGUACCAAAACAGUUCGGUUCAGCUCUUCUAUAUGGACUCCCAUCUUGUCGGAGAAGCGGGGGUUGUGAAGGGGAAAGUCGGGUUUAGGUCAACUAAGAAGAUUGACUUUUUGGUCAACUUUUCGUCAAAUAAUGUUGCCGCGGGCCAAAACCCGCGGCUUCGGAGGGAACCGAGUCUGGGGGCCGUGACGUUGACCGUCAGGUCAAAGCUCGAAGGAAAGGUUACGUUGAUGAUGUUCCUGAAGAGGAAGAGAACUGGUGACGUGGAUUGCAUCCUAACCAUUGAUUUGCAUAAAAAAAUAGUCCGAGAAUUUAAAUGCGAUUAAAAUAUGUAUCGUAGGAGGCAGCGCAUAUGCGGGAUGAGGAAUAUACCGUACGUUAUUUGCUUUCAGUUGGUGUCUUUAUUGUCACUGUUGUUGUCAUUCAGUUCUUAUCAUUGGGUGUAAUGGAACAUGUACAUAAGUGCUGUACAACAAUGAAUGGAAAAUCAUUAUUUAUAGUGUUAUUUAUCUACUAUUCGCAAAGCUUAGCUUCACUAUUUGGAU